AGCGGUGUUUUGGUGUUCUCGUGCUCAUGGCUACCCACGGUAAAAACUUUAUCCGCGUGCGCCUCCACUUCGACUACCCGCCGCCGGCUGUGGCGGGAUGCCGCAUGUGCUGGCUACUGGCGGACCUGAACACCUGCCGGGUGGUGGCGGACCUGGAGAGCCUAAUCCUGGAGAAGUUCGGGUUCAGCCGCAGCAGCAUCCUGCAACUGUUCCUCCAGGACUGCUACCUGCCGCACACCGAGAGUGUGUGUGUGGUGCGCGAUGACGAUAGCCUCAGGGUGAAGGUGGACUCUCUGGUUCAUCUUAACGGCCACAGCAGCGGUCCAGAUGCAGCAAGUGAAAACUGCAAAAAGAGACAGAGACCCACAGAAGAGGAGGAGUGUCCAGAAGAGAAGGCAGUGUGUGUGGAGCGGAAGAAAAAGAAGAAGAAAAAAAAGAGUGAGGAGAGUGUGGAGACAGAUACCAAGCAGACUUUGGGAGAGGACAGGAAUGAGAUAAAACAAAAGGACAAAAAGAAGAAGAAGAAGAAGAAGAAGAAAAAGAAGGCAGAGGAACCCCCCAAAGCAGCUGCUUGUCCCCCAAAACCCCCACCUAGUGUAGAGCAGCCAGCUAAAAGCAGCAAGAAGCCCCCAGUGACAAAAGCAAAGAAAAUCUCUUCUGACUCCAGCAGCAGCAGCAGCGAGGAUGAUGAAGCUUCUAAAAAACCAGCUGCCAAAAAACCCACACCCAAAACGCCCUCCUCCACUCCUGCUGCUUCCAAGGCACCUCCAACCACCAAACCCCCCCAGUCUAAACCAUGCCCUCCUACGUCAUCCUCUUCAGAAAGCACCUCCUCUGAUGAGACCCCUGCUGUGAAAAGCCUGCCCAAAACAACUUGCUUAACUUCCACUGCCCCCAAAGCAGCAAUAAGUAAAGGCUCCAAACCCCAGCAGGCCACAAACGUUGCACAGAAGAAGGCAGCAGCGCCAAAUCACCAUGAAAACGCAGCGUCUUCUGACUCGGACAGUGAGGAUGAUAUCAAGCUGUUGAUCCACCAGCCGAUGCAGCAGCCGAGCUUCGCUGUGGGCAGCAUGUCACUUUGGAGAGGCCGGGGACACAUGGGGCGGGGGAGUCUUGCAGAGCACGGCAGGGGUGGGGGUAGAGGGGUCCUCAGUGGGUCCAGCUAUAACGGAUUCAAAGAACCGUCCUGCCGCACUGACGCACUGACCAACCUGUCAGUGGUCCUCCAGAACGAAGCAAACGGAGCAGAAGCUGCCCCCAAACGGGACUACAGCUCCAUGCCUCUGUUGGCCGCCCCACCUCAGCCAGGGCAGAAGAUCGCCUUUAAGUUACUGGAGCUAACUGAGAACUACACCCCAGAGGUAUCAGAGUACAAGGAAGGAAAGCUUGUGAGCUUUGACCCAACAACCAAACAGAUUGAGCUGGAACUUCUUUAUGCUUAUCAAGCUCCUGUAGAGCCGGGCAAGUUUGACCUGGUGUAUCAGAAUGCAGACGGCUCUGAGAGCGUGGAGUACGCCGUGUCCAGAGGCUCUCGGGUGACCGAGCGCUGGGACUCCCUGCUGGAACCAAGGCUGAUCCUCUAAAAUGGAUCAAGCUGUUUCUCUACUUGUCUUUAUUCAGGAUCCUUCAGCUUGUACUUAAACUGGGGAGUCACUGCUGUGCAUUGUACAUGACGGCUAAGGAAUGUGAUAAAGGUUAAUUAUAUUCUCUCUGAAGUACUGCUCAACAACUCCUCAUUUGUACAGAAAAGCUAGUGUAGCUUGUCAGUAUUGACACGUGGAAUACGUUUGCAUUCGAAUUUGGGAAAGAUAUUAAAUAAUUAGUUUUGAUAUGUUGGUGGAAUUUGUGGCUUCCAGGACAGAGACAUAAUGGUUUUAUGGUUUUUACAGUAUUGUGUUGAUAUCAGUCUUGUAUAAACAGUUUUUCUAAUAAAAUUCUUUGUAUAUUGUUUUAUUCCAA